CAUAGCGUUUCGAGUAACAUCAUGAAUUUUAAGAGUUUUUCGGAGAAGUCAGCAGAAAGGCCAGAUGGUGGACAACAUUCUGCUCUUCAUAGUGGCGACUUUUUGAAAAUUAAAACUUUUUUUGUGAAGCAGGAGAGGGAAGAUCAUAAUAUUUUUUUUGACGAAAAUCAGUUGGACGAAAAAUUUAUAACAACUGAAAUUUUACCUGCCAAUAAUUCUGAUGCGAAUAAUUCAACUUGCAUGGUUGCAUACGACAUUGAUGAAACUUUAGAAAUAAAGCAAGAAUUCAUUCAAGAAGAAGAGACAGUUACAAUCCAGAGAUAUGAUACACAAUAUAAGUCAACAUUCUGUCCCGGAGAGAUAAGAAAACAUGAUGUUUUAUUUGUGAAGCAACUGUCAAAUCAAAAGAAGCAGAAAAUCCUGGACUCAAAACAGAAACUGGAAAGUAAAUAUAAAUGCGAAAAGUGUGCACGAAGCUAUAAAUGGAAAAAGCAUUUGAAUCACCAUCUGAGAUACGAAUGCGACGUCACUCCACAGUUUAUAUGUAAAUUCUGUGGCAAACAAUUUUCACGGAAAUUCAACAUGAAUACCCAUAUAAAUGACCUACAUCUAAAAACAUACCUAAAGCCACCGAAAACUGAACAUAAUUGCGAUCAAUGCUGUCGAUCUUACACUGCGAUAAGUUCUUUAAACAAACAUAAACGGUUAAAACAUGCAGAAGUCAAACCACAAUUUUUUUGCGACUCUUGUGACUUCCAAACGAAAGAAAAAUCUUAUUUGUUGAAACAUAUAAUUUCACGGCAUUUAAAGUACUAAUUAUUCGGCACGUGAAACUUUAAUUGACUUUUGGAAAUUUCGUUUACUAGUUCAGAAAUCUCUUUUUUUCGUCUCAUUCAAUCCUUGUAUACCUUAAAUGACUUAUUACGAAAUUACUGCAUAAUACUCUUUGUCCCUGUUAAUGUUCACAAGGGUCAAAUUUAUUCCACAAUAAUGUAGACUCAAAAUGUUUUUCUUAAAUUUAAAAUUUGUUUGUAUAAGUUUUGUUUGUUUGGGAAAAUAUAGGUAUGAGAUGGUGUAGAUUGAUGUCCGGUUUCUUUUGGAUUUAAGAGCUAGUGUUACUACUAAGUCACAAUAGAAAGAAAAUAUUUUUUCGGCUUCGUUUCAAUAUUUUGUAUCCUGAAUUCUUUUUCAUAAUGAUUAGGGUUAAGAAAU